AUUUCUCUGGAAGCUUGGUGGCUGGGAAGUUGCUGUAGCCAACUCCAGUCCACGAGGGCCGGACGGCGCUGAGUCGGCGGCGGGUAGUCUGCAGCAUCUGCCCACUACAGCAGCAGUAGUCGCGAUGAGUUUGCCUCUCAAUCCCAAACCUUUCCUCAAUGGGUUAACAGGGAAGCCAGUGAUGGUGAAACUUAAGUGGGGAAUGGAGUACAAAGGCUACCUGGUGUCUGUAGAUGGCUAUAUGAAUAUGCAGCUUGCAAACACAGAAGAAUACAUAGAUGGAGCAUUGUCUGGACAUCUGGGUGAAGUUUUAAUAAGGUGUAAUAAUGUCCUUUAUAUCAGGGGUGUUGAAGAAGAAGAAGAAGAUGGGGAAAUGAGAGAAUAGCAUCUUUUGGGGGAGAUUUUUUUUUAUAUAUAUUUGUAGACAAUAAAGAUGUGUUUGUUUUUCAAUUUGAUUCUGAGCUAUUCAUAUUCAGAUAUUUACAUGCAGAGCUCAACUGUUGCAACAGAUGAAAGAGUGUUCACAGAACUACUGCUGUAAAAGCCACCCAGCUUUAUUCAAGCUGAUUUUCAUGUAAGCCCAAAGCGUUAGGGAAACUUAUGCAUUAUAACUGUCUAUGGAGGUGAAUGUCAGCCCUUUUCUUGUGAUUAUAUAUUAACUGAGACCUUUU